AUGAGCCAGAAUAAUAAUUUUCUGUCUACAAACGAAAAAUCAUCAUUAUCAUUUACUAAUGAUGUUGAUGAAAAUAAAUUGAUAUUAACCAGUGAAAAUAAUCAAAUAUUAUCAUCGAAUUUACUAGAUGAAUUAAAUAAUAACAAUACUGAUGAUUGGAAAUCAGCUGAUGAUAAUUCUGAUAUUGAUGUAAAUGAAAUUCAAGAUGAUUUAAUAACAGUUAAUAAUGAACAAAACAAUAAUGAUGGAUGGGCAAAUUUUAAUACAUUUGAAAAUAAUGUUAAUCACAAUUCAGAGAUUGUUCCUGUAACAACAUCGAAUUUAGCUGAAGAUAAUUGGGCAAAUUUUAAAUCGAACCCAAUACAAUCUACUCAACAUGACAUAGAAUUAUCGAGUGACAAACAAUCAACAAAAAUAACUCAUGAUGAUGAUGUUUUUGGUGAUUAUGGUGAAGUACAAGUCUCUCGACCAUUGCAAGAAUCUCCUAUACCAAUUAAUUCUUUAAACAUUGAAUCGAUUGAAUCUUUGAUCUCAACUUGUUUUCCAUUAGAAUCUUCGACAUUAUCGACAGAUAUUGAUAAUUAUAUUCCUUUGGAAUUACCAUCUUUUACUGUAUGCAAAGAUCAAAUAAAACAAUUAUCAUGUUUUAAACAUAGCCUAUCUUUAUGGAAAUUACUAUCGAAUAUAUCAAAUGAUCCAAUAGGAAUUCAAUAUCAAUGGCGUAAAUCAAAUAUUGAACGUAUAUUUCAUCAAGCAUUAGGUGUUCAUGAACGAUUUCGUACUAAAACUAUUCCUUUAACUUCUGAAAAUUCACAAUCAGAAUCUCAAAUAAUGACUUCAAAUGUUAAUAAUGAAAAUAAAUUACUAUCACAAACGAUUAGUCCACAUUUUGAUUGGAAACAAAGUGGUCUAGAAAAUCCACUUACUGUUUUUGAUGCAAACAAAACACUCGAUCUUGAUUAUUAUAUUCCACCAAUACAAACUUCAACAUCGAAUAAACAAGAACAUAUAACUUCAUCAACGACAGUACAUCGAAAUAAUAGUCCAAUUCUUAAGCAACAUACAACACCAAUUAAAACAAUGGAUCUAUUUCCAGGUUCAACAAGAGUAUUAAAUGAUGAUACUAAACCUGUUGUUGAUUCAGUAUCAAAUUUUAGUUUUAUGAAUCCGAAAGCAUUAAUGCUUCGAACAAAAAAUUAA